AUGGCACCUGUUAAAAUUCAAGAACCUGGCUCUUCCAUUGCGUCUCGUUUACCAUGUAGUUAUCAUGUGUUCUUAAGUUACAGAGGCCAAGAUACUCGUAAGACUUUCACUGAUCAUCUCUAUACAGCUCUGGUCAAUGCUGGAAUUCGCACUUUCAGAGAUGAUAAUGAACUGGAAAGAGGCCAUGAUAUCAAGCCGGAGCUAGAGAAAGCCAUCCAACUGUCACGUGGUUCUGUCAUUGUGUUUUCGAAGGACUAUGCAUCUUCUGGAUGGUGCCUGGACGAGCUUGUCAUGAUCCUUGAACAAAAGAGGACCUCUGAUCAUGUUGUUUUACCAGUAUUCUAUGAUAUUGAUCCAACCCAUGUGAGGAAACAGACUGGAAGUGUUGCAAAAGCACUUGCUAGACAUGGAAAAAAGCAAUCGCCGGAGAAGAUGCAUAGGUGGAGGAAAGCUCUUAAAGAAGUUGCAGAUCUAGCAGGCAUGGUGCUACAAAAUCAAAAUGAUGGGCACGAGUCAAAAUUUAUCAAGAAAAUUGUUGAUAUGCUUGUGGAGAAAUUAUGUCGCAUACCCUUAGGUGUUGACCCCCAUCUGGUUGGAAUCCAAUAUUGGGUUGAAAGCAUUAAUUCAUGGUUGCAAGAUGGAUCGUCUGAUGUUGGGAUACUUGGCAUUUAUGGAAUUGGUGGAAUAGGAAAAACAACUAUUGCACGAGUUGUAUAUAAUUCAAGUUUUAAAAAAUUUGAAGGAAGCAGUUUCCUUGAAAAUAUUAGAGAAACUUCUGAACAAUACAAUGGCUUAGUUAGAAUACAAAAACAGCUUCUUUAUGAUCUUUCAAACCGAAGAGAAGUGAAAAUACACAUGGUUGCUGAGGGGAUAAAUCGGAUCAAAGAUGUCAUAGGCUCUAAGAAAGUCCUUCUUGUUCUGGAUGAUGUAGAUCAUAGGGAUCAAUUACAAGCAAUAUUUAGCAUGCGGAAUUGCUUCUUUCCAGGAAGAAAAAUCAUUAUAACAACUAGACGUCCAGGGUUGCUAAAGCUUUAUAAAGAUGUCAAGGAGUGUUGCAUUCAAACUUUAGACAGUGGUGGAUCAUUUGAACUCUUCUGUUGGCAUGCUUUUGGACAGAACCAUCCAAUUGAAGGUUAUUUUGAACUUUCAAAAAGGAUCGUACAGCACAUAGGAGGACUUCCGUUGGCUCUGAAAAUUUUGGGUUCCUCUCUGACAGGGCAAAGUCUAGCUGUAUGGGUGAGUCAACUACAGAAAUUGGAUACUACUCCAGACACUGAAAUCCUAAAGAAGUUGAGGAUAAGCUACGAUGCCUUACAAGAUGACCACGACAAAGAUAUAUUUCUCCACAUUGCAUGUUUCUUUAUUGGAAAGGAUAAGGAUGUGAUCAUCAAGAUACUAGACGGAUGUGGGUUCUAUUCACUUGUUGGCAUUCAAAAUCUCAUUGAUAGAUGUUUGAUAACUAUAGAUACAUCCAAUAAGGUGAAAAUGCCUCAAAUGAUUCGUGACAUGGGAAGAGAUAUUGUUCGCCAAGAAAAUGCAAAGAAUCCAGAUAAACGUAGUAGAUUAUGGCACCACAAAGAUUCUCUCAAUGUAUUGAGAGCAAACAAGGGUUCUGAAACAAUUGAAGGUCUUUCCCUGCAAAUGCAUAUGUACACUGCAGACAACGCUCCAAGAAUUUCGAAUAUGGAAGUCUUAGAAACCGAUGCAUUUACAAGGAUGCACAAACUACAAAUACUCCAACUUUUUGAUGUCCAACUGAAUGGAAGUUAUGAGGACUUUCCUAAAGAAUUGAGAUGGUUGUGUUGGCUUCAAUUCCCUUUACACUCCAUACCUAGUGAUUUUAUUUUAAAGAGACUAGUUGUUCUUGAAAUGCAGAAUAGCAGCCUGAGACGAGUCUGGAAAGGAACAAAGCAUCUUCCAUCACUGAAGAUCCUUGAUCUCAGCCAUUCCAGUGACCUGACAGAAACUGGCGACUUCUUAUUGGUCCCAAAUCUAGAGAGACUGUUUCUUGAAGAUUGUAGGAGUUUGAUUGAUGUCGACAAAUCCAUUGGGAAGCUAGAGAAGCUUGUUUACUUGAAUAUGAAAAACUGCACAAAGAUUGGGAAGCUUCCAGAGGACAUUUACUCUCUGAAAUCACUAGAAACAUUUAUUUUGUCUGGUUGCUCAAAUCUAUACGAGUUUCCCAUGGAAAUGAGGAAUAUGGCUUCUCUGAAAGUUCUUGAAGCAGAUGAAAUUCCUAUUAAUCGUUUACUUGCCACCACUGAGGAUCAGGUCAAGUCUUGGCCAAUGUUAAAACAUAUAGAUAACUUCUGGGCUUCUUUUCCCAGCAGUUUGCUUGAAUUAAGUCUAGCAAACUGCAAUCUCUCUGAUGAUGCUUUUCCUAUGGAGUUGAGUAACUUAUCAUCAUUGAAGAGACUCUAUUUCACUGGGAAUCCAAUUUGCAGUUUACCAGAUUGCAUCAGAGGGCUUGAAGAGCUAGAUUACCUUGGAUUUUCGGGGUGUACAAGUCUCAAGGGCCUUGAAGGGCUACCAAGAGUAAGCAGAGAACUGCUCACAGUCGGUUGUAUAUCAUUGGAAAGGAUUACUUUUCAAUCAAUAUGGUGCUUACCAAAGUCUAUAGUUACACUUGGUACAAAAUCCAAAAUAGUUGAGAUUGGUUACUGGUUCAAGCUAGUGCCCAUUGAAAGAGUUGGCAUGGAGAUGAUCAACAUUUUGGGCUUGUCCAACUUGCGAUCCAUGGAACCUGUUUUGAUGUCCAUCCCAGAAUGGCAUUCUUCAAAUUACAAAAUGCUUCCUGUUCAGGGAUUGUAUGAGUAUGGUAUAUUCAGUACAUUUUUUCAUGGAAACAAAAACGAAGUUCCAGGUCAGUUCAGCCACAGAAUGGAAGGAUCAUCCUCUACCAUAUCUUCUACAGUGCAUAUACCUUUACUUCCUAAUCUCAAGAUCAGAGGCUUGAACAUUUUCACCGUCUAUACAAACUCACGUAACUAUUCACUUGCUGGUGCAUUAGUUACCGAGAUCAACAACAAAAGCAAGGGAUUGAAGUGGGUUUAUCAGCCAUCAUGCUACGGAAUACCAAAUGAUGAUGAAGACAUGAUAUGGCUAAGCCACUGGAAAUUGGGGAAUCAGUUGGAAGCUGGCGAUGAAGUGACUGUUUCAGUCGUUAUGGGAGCCAGAUACAAUUUGUUUAAGGUAAAAGAAUGGGGAUUCCACAUUGUGCAGGAGUCAGAAGACAUUUUGAGGAUCACUAGCCAACCCACCACCACAUCUACAGAUUUUUCUGAUCCGGGUGUCAGCGAUACUGUGCAUGAAGCAGAAGAAGAGAUAAUGAUCAGUAACCAACCAAGCAGAAGUACGGAUUUGUCUUACGCAUGUGUUAAUGAGGUUGUUGGUCUGUCAGAAGCAUAUCAAGUGGAACCGGGAACAUACUGGUUCUGUGGUGGACCGAUGGAAGUCAACAGAGAACUAUUUCUUUGUUGGAGUUCUUUGUCCAAAAUGCAGGAACAUAGUUACUCUACAGUCGUCAUUGGUUUGUUUAAGAUCAUUCUGUUAGAGGCGAGAGAAACAGCGAGGGAGAGCAGUAUCAUUAACAACUGCGAGGCUUUAUAUGGUGAAAAUGAUUGUGAUUCCUAUUCAGAGGCUAUGGUCAUUAUCCAUGCGCGUCAAUAUGUUGAAAUAGUGGAUAGCAGGCAGACGAUUGUUAAGCAGCAGCUACAACAGUCGCCGGAGAGGAAGCGGACGGCAUUAGUGACAGCAAAAAGAGGCCAACACCAUCUUCACUAUAACAGCCAAAUGGACCAAGAGUAA